AUGGCCCCCAUCAAUACUUGCAUUGUUCUGGGUUCAUGGGUGAUUUUAGGAUUAUGCAUCAUGUUAUUAGAAAGUCGGGUUGAAGCAAGAGCUUUCUUUGUGUUCGGAGACUCGCUAGUUGACAAUGGCAAUAACAAUUUUCUGGCAACGACUGCUCGAGCAGAUGAGCCACCUUAUGGCAUCGAUUAUCCAACACAUCGACCAACUGGCCGUUUCUCCAAUGGCCUCAAUAUUCCUGAUUUUAUUAGUAAAGAAAUUGGCUCAGAAUCUACAUUACCAUAUUUGAGUCCAGAGCUCAGCGGAGAAAAAUUGCUUGUUGGAGCCAACUUUGCUUCUGCUGGAAUUGGAAUCCUCAAUGACACUGGCAUACAAUUUAUUAACAUCAUAAGAUUGUUCAAGCAACUUGAAUACUUCGAACAAUAUCAACAGCGAGUGACUACUCUUAUCGGAGCUGACCAGACUAAGAAACUCGUUAAUGAGGCACUCGUCCUAAUCACCGCGGGUGGAAAUGAUUUCGUGAACAACUACUUUUUAGUUCCGUACUCUCCAAGAUCUCGUCAAUACUCCUUACCAGAUUAUGUCAAGUUUGUAAUCUCAGAGUACAGACCAAUACUAAUGAAGCUGCAUGAUCUCGGAGCACGAAGGGUACUGGUGACAGGAACUGGACCAUUAGGCUGUGUUCCGGCAGAAUUGGCUAUGCGCAGCAGAGAUGGCAAGUGUGCAGCUGAAUUACAACGAGCUGCAAGCUUGUACAAUCCGCAACUUAUUGAAAUGCUAAAGAGUCUCAACACUGAAUUGGGUUCUGACGUCUUCACUGCUGUCAAUGCACAAGAGAUUCACUAUUCCUUCAUUACUAAUCCUCGAGCAUUUGGAUUUAAAACAUCUAAAAUAGCCUGCUGUGGACAAGGACCUUACAAUGGACUAGGAAUCUGCACUGUGGCAUCAAACAUAUGCGAAAACCGGGAGGAAUAUGCAUUUUGGGAUCCAUUCCAUCCAUCCGAAAAGGCUAAUGCUGUGAUUGUUCAACAGAUAAUGAGUGGAUCUAGCAAGUAUAUGAAUCCCAUGAAUUUGAGCACCAUUAUCGCCUUGGAUUCUAAGCUCUAAUUACAUUUUCUCGAUAAAUAAUACUCAGUACUUUGUGGUCGUUUUUGUAGUAUAUACCAUCCUACAUGUUAGGAGUGGGAGUUUUGUUUCUUGU